AUGUACGACCGGGUUUGCACCCUGUGCAGGCAGGUUUCAGCAGAAUUGAAGACAAAAAGGGACGCAGCAUCUGUACAGCAGCAGAAAACAGGCUGCGAACUACUCACAGAUGAGGGCCAGCCUACUAGACAGGGGAAUAGCGUCAGUGUGGACACAUGUCCCGACCUAACUUUUGUCAGCGGCGCCAAGCAAGUGACAUGGGAAAACUUGCAAGAAAAUCUGGGGAGCGAUCACUACAUCAUUAGGAUCAGCACGGAAGCAGAAAGCAUCAAGAGGAAAAUUGGUAAGGCAACCCUAACAGACUGGGACGCCUUCCGAAUCCACUGCAAACAGUUAAAAGGGGAUAUAUCUUCAGUAGAAGAAUGGAGCCAACAACUACAACAAAUCAGGGACCUUUACACCAAAGAGGUAGAUCGAACAGAACAAGCGCCGGAAGUGGACAAGCGACUCCUCAGACUAUGGGAGGCACGACCGGGCCUAACCAAGCGCUGGAAGCGCCAAAAACUAAAUCGGAAACUAAAGAAGGAAAUUGCUGAAAUAACACAGCAAGCGGAAGAAUAUGCAACGCAGCUAGCGAGACAGGGGUGGCAACAGUUUAGUACCUCACUGAAUGGCACCCUCGGCACAGCUAGAACGUGGCAGAUCCUCAGAACACUAAUGGACCCAAGCAAAAGCAAAACAGAAAGCAGCAAAUCUAUUCAGAGACUAAUUUACCAAUAUGGAGGGACCGAAGACCAGCUACUCCAAGCAGUACGAGAAAAAUGCUAUGGGAAAGACUCGGUGGAAGGCUAUCAAGGUGACUACCAAGGAGAGGAGAACCCCACAACAGACUGGCCCAUCACAAGGGAAGUAGUUGUUGAAGCCAUACGAGCAAUCACGAAGAACACGGCGGCAGGGGCAGACAAGAUUCGCAACUCGCUAAUACGAAACCUAAGUGAAGAAGCAGUAGACCAACUCACCAUCUACCUCAACAAAUUAUGGGAAGACGGAACAGUCCCAGCGGAGUGGAAACACGCCGUGGUGGUCAUGAUUCCCAAGCCCGGCAAGAAACUCCAAAUUGAAAACCUCAGACCAAUCUCGCUCACAUCGUGCCUCGGCAAGCUGUUCGAAAGAAUUGUGACCCGCCGAAUCCAAACGCACCUAGAAGACGGAGGGUGGUACCCCAACACCAUGUUCGGCUUCCGGGCAAACCUAUCCACCCAAGACAUCCUGCUACAACUAAAAAAAGAGGUACUCGAACCAAUGCCGAAAAACGGGGAGAACGUCGUCAUGGCCAUUGAUAUUGUUGAAAAUGAUAUAAUAAAUUGA